AUGGCCUCCGAUAACACGGAACCCGACGAAUCAAGCCCCCUCCUCCCGCCGUCCCAAAGCAGAACGUCCAUCCGGGGCCUUCUCACAUCCUCUCACUCCGCGACGUCCCUCCUCUCCAAAGCAGACUACGCCCUCGGCCAAUCGCCCUCGCUCGGCGACCGCCUGCCCUACAACGACUACACCACCAUCGACUGGCUGCGCGAUCUGACCAUGGACUCGUCCCGCGCGCGCCGUCUCCGCGAGCUGUCGGGCAUCCGGGGCCGGCUCGUCCGCUUCGUCGACCGCGGCCAGGGAUGGGUCGCCGCGGCUGCCAUCGGGGCGUUGACCGCCCUCGUCGCGUUUGUUGUUGAUGUGUCGGUGGCGACUGUGAGUGAUUGGAAGGAGGGGUACUGCGGGACCAAUGUCUUUGUCGAUCGUGGACGGUGUUGUUGGGGCUUGAAUGAGAGCGAGACGUGCGAGGCCUGGAGACCUUGGAUCGCGGAUGACGGUCAGGCGGGAUACUUCGCCAGAUAUGCCGUCUACGUCCUCUUCGCCCUCCUCUUCGGCGUCGUAGCGGGCAACGUGACAAUGACGACCAAAACAUCACUCCCCGCGGUAAGCCCUGACACCAAGGCGGAGGGGAAGACGAUGUACAUGGCCGCCGGCAGCGGCAUCCCCGAGAUCAAGACCAUCCUCUCAGGCUUCGUGAUCCCGCACUUCCUCGACCUCAAAGUCCUGCUCGUCAAGGCCGUGGGCGCGACCUUCGCGGUGUCGACGGGCAUGUGCCUGGGCAAGGAGGGCCCGUUCGUGCACAUCUCGACGUGCGUCGGGUGGCUCGUGGCCGGCUGGCUCCCCAAGUACAGGGACAACCCGCGCAAGAUGCGCGAGAUGCUCAGCGUGGCGUGCUCUGCCGGGCUGUCUGUCGCGUUCGGGGCGCCGAUUGGCGGUGUGUUGUUCAGUUACGAGGAAAUCAGCACGUAUUUCCCUCGGCGGGUGCUCUGGCGGGCGUUCCUGUGCUCGCUGGUCGCGGCUAUUGCGCUCAAGGCGCUGAACCCGACGGGUACUGGGAAGCUUGUGCUUUUUGAGACGAAUUACGGCGUCGAUUAUGACCCCGUGCAUUAUCUUGUCUUCGUGUUCCUGGGGGUGUGUGGUGGGGUAUUUGGCGGGAUCUUCUGCAAGGCAAACUACAUGUGGUCGAAGAGUUUUCGGAAGUACGAGAUCGUGAAGAAGCACCCAGUGUUGGAGCUUUGCGGUGUCGUUUUGGUGACGGCUCUGCUGCAGUUUCCAAACCUCCUGAUUCGGGAUACCGGUGAUGUCGCCCUGUCAAAGCUGUUGGUCGACUGCAGGAACCCCAAGGGGGAGUGGAUUUGCGAGCAGGAACAGAGCGACGAGAAGACGGGCUACAUGUUCUGGCUCGCGAGCGGCACGGUGGUGAAGCUGUUCUUGACAAUCAUCACUUUCGGGUGCAAAGUGCCGUCCGGAAUCAUCAUUCCCGCACUCGACGGCGGUGCAUUGUUCGGACGUCUUAUUGGGCAAUUUGUCGGUGGUAUAUCGCCCGGCAUAUUCGCCAUGGUCGGAGCGGCGGCUUUCCUCGCCGGCGUCUGCCGGAUGACGGUCAGUCUGGCGGUCAUUAUGUUCGAACUCACGGGCGAGGUGACGUAUAUCCCGGCGUCGAUGUGCGCCAUCCUCACGGCGAAGUGGGUUGCGGAUGCCAUCUCGGUCGAGUCGGUGUAUGAUCUCUCGCAACACCUGCUGGGUCAUCCGUUUCUCGACGCUGAACAGGCUUAUGAGGUCGUCAAGCACCGAGAGGCGACUGCGCGAGAACUCAUACCUCCUACCGAGACGAUGGAGGAGAUCACCCUGGGCAUGGGAAGAGAGUACCGGGUGCGGCGAGACGUGCUGGCCGAGAAGCUGCGGAAGUUGAAGGCUAGGGGUUUGAUGGAUGCCGGGGUUGUCUUGGUCAAUAAAUCGGGGUUGCUGUUUGGGUACCUGCCCGAGGUAGAGCUUGAGGUGGUUCUUGAGGCUGAAAACCAGGCGGACGAGAUUGACUUGCGGUCAGGGAUCAUGGCUGAGUUGGUUGAUCGCGCGCCCUUGACGGUCAAUGCCGAAGCACCCAUGGAGUAUGUCCUUGAGAUGUUUGGUAAGCUUGGACCGAGAUACCUGAUCGUCACAGAGCCGGAGACAGCAAAAGUGUUGGGCGUUGUGCUCAAGAAGCGGUUGUUGGACUAUCUAGAUCGGACAAAAGCAUAG